UCUUUCAUUUGCAGGCAUACGAAGAGCCACUCUGUGUGUUCUGCUUUUAUCAGAACUGUGCUCAUGCACCCUCUAUAAUUACCACUUCUUUGCCGAACCAAAGACGUGGUAUCAAGCGAGGAGUCACUGCAGACAAAUGUACAAAGACCUGGCCUUUGCUGGAAACGCUGAGGACAUGAAGCGGCUGAUCGCAGCUGCUGGCAGCGGUUACCAGGGCGACGUGUGGAUCGGCCUGAAAGACAGAUUUUAUAACUGGUGGUGGUCUACCCCUUUUCCCAAUCCCUACAUAAAUGACUCAACAAGUGUCCGGCUCUGGGCUAAGAAUCAACCAAAUAACAAGAGAUGGGACAAAAGUUUGUGUGUUACUUUCAUGAAUGGGUUUUGGUACGAUGUUAACUGCAGUGCUACGUUCAGCUCCGUCUGCCACAACAACUCAAACACAGACACACACGGCCUCCACAGAUAUGUCUUUGUCAAAGAAAAGAAAACAUGGCACGAGGCUCAGGCGAACUGCAGAAGGUACCACACGGACCUGGCCCGCGUGAGGAGCCACACUGAGAACGAGCAGCUACAGGCUGUGGUUCCCGAUGGAGUAUUUGCUUUUAUCGGCCUGUACAGACACCUGUGGAAUAAAUGGUCAAAUGGUGCGCCCUCAACCUUCAAAUACUGGGCAGAUGGACACCCACUGGGUCCACCUCACAACUGUGCUGCCAGUGUGAUCAAUGCCGAACACCACGGACACUGGGUGGAGAAGAGCUGUCAAAGUGAACGUCAUUUCAUGUGCUACAGCAACCAAACGCGGGUGUUUCGACUCGAGCUGAAAUCCACAGUGGACCUGGAGAUUGACCCUGUUCUGAGAGAGAACGUCAUAAAAGAGAUUGAGGCGAGGCUGAAGGAAAAAGGGUUCACGGGAGAUUUCAAGCUAACAUGGAUAUCCUAAUAAAAAUGUCUUCCACAGAGACAACGUGUUAGAAUUGUAACGAUCUCAUGGAAAUUAGAUUGACACUGAAUAUCCAGAAAAUAAGAAAACGAAUAGUUUGUAGGUGAGAUUUAUAUAUGAAUUGCUUUAUAAUGUAGUUAAUAUGGGUUCCACCAAAUUGCCUUUAAUGUGGAAAAGUCACCAACAUUGGUAGCAAGUGCUUACGCUGCAAAGAAACCUCAAAAAUGGAUUAGUGUAUCGUAUUUGUGUUUUGUUUUUUUAAUUGUAGACUUAUUUCAAAUGUCCUUAUUUAGUCA